AUGCAGGCCUGGGGCACUGUGGUAGUGACCUUGGCCACGCUGAUGGUUGCCACUGUGAAUGCCAAGAUCUAUCAACGCUGCGAGCUGGCAACCAAGCUGGAGAAGGCAGGCCUUAAUGGCUACAAGGGCUACAGCAUUGGAGACUGGCUGUGCAUGGCUCACUAUGAAAGUGGCUUUGACACCUCCUUUGUAGACCACAAUCCUGAUGGCAGCAGUGAAUAUGGCAUUUUCCAGCUGAACUCUGCUUGGUGGUGUGACAAUGGUGUCACACCCACCCAGAACCUUUGUCACAUGGAUUGUCGUGACCUGCUCAAUCGCCGUAUUCUGGAUGAUCUCUUGUGUGCCAAGCGAGUCAUGUCUUCACAUAACAGUAUGACUGCCUGGGAUUCUUGGAGCCGGCACUGUUCUGGCCAUGAUUUAUCUCAAUGGCUCAGAGGGUGUCAUGUGUAUCUGAAAACUGACCCGAAAAUUAAUUCAUGA